AUGGGUUGGUUUUGGGCAGACCCACUACCAAAGUCAGCGCCUGUGGCUCCGAAUCCGUUGGCAUCAUCCGAUGCCUCCCCUCCACCGGGAUGCCCGAUGCACACUUCGAAUCCCGCUCCCGCUUCAUCCCCGCCAUCUCACCCUGAGCAACUCGGUACCUGUCCGGUCAAGUCUUCGGACUCUCCAUUCUAUACGCCCCCGAAAACCACACCCUCGCCGUCGCAACCCGCCUCUUCUUCCGAGGACAAGCCAUCAACCUUAUCCAAACUCAACCCCAUGAAUUACAUGUUCUCGUCCAUAUCCCAGGAACGAGCUCCGAAUCAAAAUGUCGAUCUUCCCGUCGAGCGGGAAAUUUCUUCGAUACCGCGGGGCGACUCGGCGGGUAACUGGGAAUACCCAUCCCCUCAACAGAUGUACAACGCGAUGCUGCGCAAGGGCUUUACCGACACGCCCCAGGAUGCCGUGGAAUCGAUGGUGGCAGUUCACAAUUUCCUCAACGAAGGCGCUUGGGAUGAGAUCGUCGGCUGGGAACGCAUCUUCGCCAAAGGUUUCAAGAAUGCAUGGGAUAAGUGCAAGCGGGGCGAGGAGAAUAUCGCCAUGGAUGCGUUUAGGGAGGAAGUUUCAGGGACCGUCGAUGAGGAAUCAACGCCUCGUCUACUUAGAUUCCAGGGUCGGCCGAAGGAGCUGACUCCUAAGGCGCAAAUGCUCCAGACGUUGGGGUGGCUGUAUCCGGCCAAGUUUGAGACGGACCCACCAUUCGACCGUCACGACUGGUACGUUAUGCGAGAGACGUCAUCAGGCCCUAAGGAAAUCCGCUAUGUGAUCGACUAUUAUUCAGGACCUCCGGAACCUUCCGGUGAGCCGGUCUUCUACCUUGACAUUCGACCAGCCUUGGAUACUCCGACAGCUGCCGUUGAACGACUGAUGAGAUGGGGAGGAGACGUCUGGUACCGGGCCAGUGGUGGUUCUGUUCGUGGAAAGGCUCAUGAUUGA